AAGAAGGAGAAGGAGGAGAAGAAGAAAAAAGAAGAAGAAGAAGAAAUCUGUACACGGAAGUUACUCAGAACUUCACAUGUAUGGGAUCUUUCCUCCAGUCGCCGUCGUCUCUCUGUUUUGAUCUACGUUUUUUCCUGCGACGGUCGGUUGAACGGUGAUGGCGCUGAAUGCCGCGGCGGUCUGUGUUCAGUGCCCGGGCAGGUGAAGAGCAGGUGUCGACGGACGGCGGCUCUCCACAAGGGUCAAUGGACUCCAGGAGCUGAAGUGCAGCUGUGUUGACAGCUGGGUCGAGCGCUGGGUCGAGCGCUGGGUCGAGCCUCCUCCUCCGGUACCUGGUCCGCCAGUCCGACCGAGAGAACGGACGAGAGCCGAGGGCUUUGAUUUAGUGUCGAGACAUUUAUCCUCGUCCGUCGAGUUGUUUUUGAGGCGCCAUUGGACGGAAGGAAGGACGUCAGCGGCGACUCUCCACCCACCGACCCGUGGCCAUGGCUUCCUCCCGGCUGAAGUACCUCUCCCUGGGCGUGCUGGUGUUCCAGACCACCUCCCUGGUGCUCACCAUGCGGUACUCCCGCACCCUGCAGGCCGAGGGCCCGCGGUACCUGGCCUCCUCGGCCGUGGUGGUGGCCGAGGUCAUGAAGAUCCUCGCCUGUGUGCUGCUCGUCUUCAAGGAGCACAAUUAUAGCAUGCGAGCUCUGAACAGCAUCCUGCGUCAGGAGAUCGUCCAAAAACCCACAGAGACACUGAAGCUGGCGAUCCCCUCUGGGAUCUACACGCUGCAGAACAACCUGCUGUACGUCGCCCUGUCCAACCUGGACGCAGCCACGUACCAGGUGACGUACCAGCUGAAGAUCCUGACCACGGCCCUGUUCUCCGUGUCCAUGCUGGGCCGCAGACUGGGCGUCUACCAGUGGCUCUCUCUGCUGAUUCUCAUGGCUGGAGUGGCUCUGGUGCAGUGGCCUUCUGAGUCUGCUGCCGCUCCAGAGAAGGACGUCCCGCCUGCAGGCUCCCAGUUUGUCGGCGUGGCAGCAGUGCUGGUGGCUUGCUGCUCCAGCGGCUUCGCCGGCGUCUACUUUGAAAAGAUCCUGAAGGAGAGCAAACAGAGUGUCUGGGUCCGCAACAUCCAGUUAGGGAUGUUUGGCCUGGUUUUUGGCCUUUUUGGGAUGCUGGCCUACGAUGGGGAGAGGGUGCAGGAGUCGGGAAUGUUCCAGGGCUACAACACGGUCACUUGGACUGUUGUAGCGCUGCAGGCGCUAGGCGGUCUGGUCAUAGCAGCGGUCAUCAAGUAUGCAGACAACAUCCUCAAGGGCUUUGCUACAUCGCUCUCCAUCAUCCUGUCAACUCUCAUAUCGUACUUCUGGCUGCAGGACUUUGACCCCACUGGCGUGUUCUUCAUGGGGGCAAUUUUGGUCAUCGCGGCCACUUUCCUGUACGGCUAUGAAGGCAAGCCACCCAGCAACCCCAGCAGGGCGUAGGACAUUCACGGCUGACACUGCUGCAGCAGCAGCAGCAGCAGCAGCAGCAGCAGCAGCAGCAGCAGCAGCAGGAGGUCCUGCUGAAGCGUGAAGACGAGGAGGGGAAAGGAGGACAUGGAUAAAAAGAGGGGAAAGGUCUUUAUCAUAUAUUUGUGAUCGCAAGGGGGAGGAGCAGAGCGAGGAGGUAAGCAGGCUGGGAAAAGUAAAAAGGGACAUAAAAAUAAAAAAAAAAGCAAGCACAACGCUGAGACAGGCCUCAAACACCAAAAGUGCCUCAGCUGGGAAGAGUAACCAGUAAGAGGAGGAAACUGGUGAAACAGGAUUGUACACUUUUCGUUCUUUCCUAUAAUUGCCACUGUAGAGAUAAAUCCUGAUACACCUCCAGAGCUAAAGAGAUAUUCUCAAAAGGGCCGACUGAUUGUGUUCAUCAAGACCCUUGGACUGCCCAGUCGCUGUUGCACCCAAACAAUGGGAGAGUUAGGAGGAAGACAGGAGUUUCCAAAUCUACUUCAAUACCAUAUUUCCUUCUUUUUUUUGGAUGUAGUGUGAUUUUAACCCAAACUGUUGGCUUGUUUGUCUCUGAAAGCAGAUUUAGGGAUUUAUUUUAUUUUUUACCCUGAAAUGAUCCUUCCCAGCCACUGCUUUCUCCGAAGCUGUGUGCUGCACUGCAACAAUCUCAGUCGACAGUUACGUGGUUCAGGUCGCAAAUGGUCACGGUUGCUGGUUGGAGCCGUGGUGGAUCUCACACUCUGCUCACAAAGGAGGAUUUGUUUCCAUCUGUCCAUCUUGGGGCAAAAACUGAUCAAUCUUACGAAAGCCUCCAGAUAAUGUGAAUGAUGGUUCUCGUAUUGCCCUUUGUUCAGCUAUUUUUGGAAACCAUUUCUGUUGCCAGGCAACAUAUAGUCACAGCGUGGCGUCAUUGAUAACAUAUACAGAUCACUGUAGGUCGUCUGUAAUCUGGGUGUGUGAAUGAAUUAAUGGGACUCUUCGGAAUUGCUGUUCGGGGUGGUGACGGGAGGAUUAUGUAAUGACUUUUUUUUAAGUGAUUUUUGACAUUUUGAUUAUGUGGUAGUUUUGUACAAAUCUUGAGAUGAGGUUAAUCUUAGGUGUAAAUAAUGGCACCAAUCCAAUAGUAACUUAUAAAUCUAAAUGAAUUGUCUGUUUAACUUAUUCAUUCAAUAAUCAAGCAUAAGUUUACAUGACUUUUCAAAGCCACUGAUUAUCAACAUCCUGCUCCUUGUGUCCAUUGCUUGUGUAACAAUAUAUUUCUAUAGAAUCAGUUCAAAAGUAAUCUAAACACGAAUGUGGCCCAGGUAAGUCUGAUCCGACUGAACUGUUGACCAAGGUCACCUGGGACUGAGUCUUUUUGUUUUUUUGGCGGGGUAAAACAGUUAUAAUUAAUAACUUAAUUGUUCUAAUUACUGAUAUAUGAAUCUUUUAUAAAAGACAAAAAGUUUUACGUUAA